CGCUGACCAGGAAGUGAGAUAAACAACUGUGCCGAGAAAAUAAAACAUAAUAAUGGCGUAAAGGUCCCGAUUUACACGAACAAAAAAACAGAGUUAGAAGAGAGACGGCCCGCAGGGGGACAAUGCUGGGAUAAUGAGUCUGAGCCGCGUGCGAGAUGGCUGGAAAAUGAUGAAACCUUUUGCUCCCUUUGACACGUUGGCUGGGUCAGUCAUCAUGCUGCUGCACAGAGCCUGAUGCCCAUUCUUUCCACAUCUGCUGUCAUGGACACGGAGGACUUCCUGCACCCAGAGCUGAGGAGCCCAAAGUAUAGUGUGCCCAGUCCUCCACUCCCUAACUCCAUGGAGAGUCAGCUGUUUUCCACUAACUCGUGGCCGCCGUUCUCCCAGCAGCCUCAUUACAACCAGCACUAUCCUAUGCAACAAUCUGGGAGACAGUACCAGCCUAACUCUGCAUCUCUGGGUGUGUUCAGUGACAUGGACUUCUCUGACCUCACAUCAAGCAGAAAUGGAGACUUUGCGCCGGAUCUUUCAUGUAUAGAUGAAUUGUCCAAUACAUCUCUCUUCUCCUCUACUCCUGACUCUCUGUCUGAGUAUGCUGAUCCUGCCAGUUUCGACCUCAGCAGCCUGGCCCACGGAACAAGCCAAGGCUCCACAUCUGUACCAGCAUUGUGGGAAACCCCUGGGCACAGUCAGAGAGAGUUGGUCCCAUCAGUUCCUCAUUCACACAAGUUUUCAGGUUUGAACAGUCUGGAUGAAAUCAGUGCCAUCCUGAGCAACACCCCGAUAGCAGGACAUAAGCUGCCUGAAGUUGUUCAGCCUCCACCUGAGGAAGUGGAGGAGGCAGAUGUGGAAGAGACAGAAGAACUCGGCCACAUGGACACAUAUGCUGAAUACAAGCCAUCCAAAUCUACCAUUGGAAUCUCUCACCCAGAUAUUGUGGUAGAGACCAGCACUCUCUCUAGCGUACCGCCUCCAGACGUCACAUACACUCUUUCUAUCCCAGACAAUGCCAUCCAGACUGGUCUGCUGUCCGCCCUACAACUUGAGGCCAUCAUCUACGCCUGCCAGCAACAUGAGGUGAUUCUGCAGAAUAACCAGAGGGCAGGUUUUCUGAUUGGGGAUGGAGCUGGUGUGGGGAAGGGCCGCACUGUGGCUGGCAUCAUACUGGAGAACUACUUAAAGGGAAGGAAGAGAGCCCUGUGGUUCAGUGUGUCUAAUGAUCUGAAGUACGAUGCAGAGAGAGACCUCAAGGACAUAGAGGCCCCCAAUAUUCCUGUUUUUGCUUUAAACAAGAUUAAGUAUGGAGACACAGCUACCUCAGAGGGUGUCCUGUUUGCAACGUACUCUGCGCUGAUCGGGGAGAGUCAGGCAGGAGGACAGCACCGCACCAGACUCAAACAGAUACUGGACUGGUGUAAACCUGACUUUGAUGGAGUUAUUGUUUUUGAUGAAUGCCAUAAAGCCAAAAAUGCAACGUCCACUAAGAUGGGCAAAGCUGUACUGGAUCUGCAGAACAAGUUGCCCCUGGCCAGGGUGGUCUAUGCUAGUGCCACAGGUGCCUCUGAGCCAAAGAACAUGAUCUAUAUGAGCCGGUUGGGGAUCUGGGGAGAGGGAACACCCUUUAAGACAUUUGAAGACUUCCUGCAUGCCAUCGAGAAGAGGGGCGUUGGUGCCAUGGAGAUAGUUGCUAUGGAUAUGAAAGUCAGUGGCAUGUACAUAGCCCGUCAGCUCAGCUUUUCUGGUGUGUCGUUCCGGAUUGAGGAGAUCACACUGGAUGAGGAGUUCAAGGUGGUCUACAACAAGGCGGCCCGUCUGUGGGCCGAAGCUUUGGACCUGUUCACCAGGGCAGCGGAUGUGCUAGGACUGGUCUCGCGCAAGUCCCUCUGGGGCCAGUUCUGGUCCUCUCACCAGCGCUUUUUUAAAUACCUUUGCAUUGCUGCCAAAGUGCGCCGCCUGGUGGAGCUUGCGCAGGCUGAGAUGGAUCAGGGCAAGUGCAUUGUGAUUGGGCUACAGUCGACCGGUGAGGCCCGUACACGAGAGGUGCUGGAUGAGAACGAUGGCCACCUGGACCGAUUUGUCUCCGCAGCCGAGCGUGUGUUCCAUUCUCUGGUUCAGAAGCACUUUCCAUUAGAGAAACCGAAGAGAGAGAAGGCUACUGGAAAUAAAAGAAAACGAAAGCCCAGAGGUCGACCACCCAAAUUCCCAAAGCACUGUGUGGAGGUGGGAGGGGUCAUUAAGAUUAGUGAUGACUCUGAUUCGGACUUUGAGGAUAUAGACAGUGACUCAAAUUCUUCACCUGAAUCACUGCAGGACAACGACGACGUCAUUUUCGUCCACCACAUCAAUGGACCUACUGCAAAACUGGAGGAACUGAGGCAUGGACUGCUGGCUAAGAUAGCGGAGCUGGGGAAAGAGCUUCCUCUUAACACACUGGAUGAGCUGAUUGACCGGUUCGGAGGGCCAGAGAAAGUGGCUGAGAUGACAGGGCGCAAGGGUCGUGUAGUGCGAAGGCCGGAUGGAAGGGUCCAGUAUGAAUCACGGGCGGAGCAGGGGCUCACUAUUGACCACGUUAAUGUCAAAGAGAAGGAGCGUUUCAUGGGAGGAGAGAAGCUGGUGGCGAUCAUCUCGGAGGCAGCAAGUUCAGGGAUCUCUCUACAGGCAGAUAAACGAGUGCAAAACCAGAGGAGGAGGGUACACAUGACCCUGGAGCUGCCUUGGAGUGCUGACCGUGCCAUCCAGCAGUUUGGUCGCACUCAUCGCUCUAAUCAGGUGACUGCUCCAGAGUAUAUAUUUCUGAUCUCAGAGUUGGCGGGAGAGAGACGUUUCGCAUCCAUUGUGGCCAAGCGCCUGGAGAGCUUGGGUGCCCUGACGCAUGGUGACAGACGAGCCACAGAGAGCAGAGACCUGAGCAAAUACAACUUUGAAAACAAAUAUGGCACCAAAGCUUUGGAUAAGAUCACUAAAGCUAUAUUGGGACACAUUGAAAAUAAAGUUCCUGCACCAAAAGGUUAUCCAGGGGGUGAAGCAAGGUUCUUCACAGAAAUGAAGAAAGGCAUGAUUGAUGUGGGUAUUUUCUGUAAGGAACCACGAUUUGGACUCAACACAGAGAAGGGUAAUGACUGCACAAUCACGAAGUUCCUGAACCGGAUUUUGGGCCUGGAAGUGCAUCAACAGAACUCACUCUUCCAAUAUUUCACAGACAACUUUGACUACUUGAUUGAAAAGGACAAGAAGGAAGGCAAAUAUGACAUGGGCAUCCUUGAUUUGGCUCCAGGUAAUGAUGAGAUCCACGAGGAGAAACAGGAAGUUUUUCUAACCCCUGGAAACCCCCAGGAAGGCCAGGUUAUUCUGUAUAAGAUCAGUGUGGAUCGGGGAAUGCCAUGGGGUGAGGCCUGCAGGAAAGCAGAGAUGCUGACCAGGGAACAUGAGGGCUUUUAUCUCUCCCACAAGCUACGAGGGAGCCAGCCAUGCGUGUUGUUGGCAGAGCAAGGCAGAGGUCGUAAUCUCGUUUUGUACAAGCCCAACAUUGGCAGACAGGCCCAUCCUGAGAACCUGGAUAACUUGCAGCUGCGCUACCGCAAGGUGACCGCAGAUGAAGCCAAGGAUUGCUGGGAGAAUCAGUUUGUCUUCUCCUUUAAGAAAUGCAGCCAUGCCAACUGGAAGGGUAAGUGUAAGCAGGUGGAACAGGGUCAGGAGUGCUGGCUGGGCAUGCGUCUACGGCAGUAUCACAUGCUAUGUGGAGCAUUGCUGAGAGUGUGGAAGCGGGUCGCAGAUGUGGUGUCUGAUAUCACCAACUCCAGCAUCUUACAAAUUGUGCGCCUCAAAACCAAACAGAACAGCAAGCAAGUUGGUAUAAAGAUCCCGGAGAACUGUGUGGAGCGCAUACGCAGUGAGCUGUCCCAUAUGGAUGCGGAGGUGAAACGUGCUCGGCAGGAGAGGCAGAAGCUUGCACAUGAGAAGCUUCUGCAGGAGCAGCGCACCCGUCAGUUUUUCCUAUGCCUGGAGCAACAGAAGCUCCCGCUGCUCAGCUGCAAACACCCUCCACCCUACCCAGGCACCCACCCAGGCCAGGCCGCACCACCUAAGACCCAGAAUGUGGACGAGGUACUUGACCUCACUCUCAGCCCCUGCCCUUCCCCUGAACCCAUAGCCAAUGGUGCAAAUGGAAGCUCAGCUUUGAACGGAGCAGUUUGCAUAAAUGGUGGCUUUGGGAUGCAAAGAAGAGGAGGAAGUGGAGGGCUAAAGAUUCCUGAAACGUUUCACCUGGAAGAACUGAUCUCACAGGAGCAGCAGAGGGAACGUCAAGCUCCAUUACAGGGGGUCAUGGCCCACGUUCAGUCACGCCUGUCACAGGCCCCCCACAACUUCCUUGCUCUGAAGCAACAGCUGAAGAACAGCCCGCAGACCAUCCACACGCUGAAGCAGCAGCACACGGCAUUAGGGGUGCUUCAACAAAGCAGGGCGCACGCACCCAGUGUGUUCGGCUCGCAGGACUCCAGUCAGGCAGUAGCUCGGUUUAACCCGCAGAUACUGCGGCUCCAGAACAAUGAGGGCAAGCCACUUGCACAGCAUAAGCCGCAAGUUAACACUCUAACUAAUCACACGUUGCACAGUCACCAGCUUCAGCAGCGCACAGAUACCAUGCCACGUGCGUCUCAUUCACUGGUACCCUCACCAUUACAGCAGGGCCGUCAUCAACAUGCAUCGAUACACACCCACAACCCCAGCAUGCGCCCGCAUGCGCUAGAAAGGCAAGUGUCAGUUAACGAACACGCAUCACUUUCACUAAAAACAUGUCAGCAAUCAUCGCAACCCAUCAGCAGCCAGCCUGUGCUAAAAAGUUCCACAGCACCACAGGAUGACUUCGAUUUUGACUUUGAUUCGCCCGUUCAUGCUUCACCCCUUCCAUACACAUUCUCCUCUCAAGCUCCUCAAGCUUCAUCCUCCUCUUCUCAGUUGUUCUCUUGCUCCUCCCAGAGCACAUUGUCGCUCUUCUCCUCUGCCCUCUCAGACUCAGUCUCCUCCUCCCUUUUUGCUCCCUCCUCCGAGCGGCCUCACCUUCAAGUCAACGGCCAUUGCAGCAUGGAUGCUUUGGACGCACGUGAGCCGCUGGACCUCAUGACUCGUGGAGCUUCCGCUGACCGGCGCCAGUCAGUCAUUCAGUACAAACCGCUAGACUGGGACAGCUAGUGGCUACUCAAAAGAGUGCCUAUGAAUCUACAACACCACUGUACACGCACAUGUUAGUACUGUCAGUUCUCAUUAUUGCAGGGGUGUCCAACUCCAGUCCAGGAAGGCCGUGGUCAAGUGUGGAUUGAGGCUUUCCCUGCUUAUACGCAUGCAGUUGAUUUCAGAAGUUAGUCACCAGGUGUAGUAAGUUUUUGUUAAGGGAAAUCACUGAAAUGUGCUGGCCAAAGGCACUCCAGGACCAGAAUUGGACUCUCCUUAAUUUUAUUUGUGAUCUCAAGUCUGUCUAGCAGGUGUUUCUCAUUCAGAAGUAGAAGAGGUUUUUUCCCCUCUUUUUUCUUCAAUUUGUUCCCCUAGUCGUCCACUGGCUAUAAGCUAGUUUUUUUUUUCAAAGGUGUUUCAGUCAGCAGUGUUUUUUUCAUCAGUAAAUUUAUGGUCCAUUAACUAGGGAUGCUUCUUAUUCUCUUGUGGAGUUAGACAACUUGGUAGUCCUCAUAGCUCAGAUGAGACUGGAGCUGUCUAGCAUGAUCUGCUAUAAGGGAAACGGCCCUGGCUGCUUUUAGGAGUGAUUUCGCUGUACAUGCCUCACACAGUCUGUCUCGGUUUAUACUGAAAAUGAUCAUACACUUUCAGAGUUCAAGGUACAUUUAGUUAAGAUGCUCUUGGUUUUGUAGUCAUCUCAAAUUCUUUGUAGGUGUUGAAUGGGAGUAACUAACUGACAAUUGUCACUCACUUCUUAUCCUGUUUCUGAAGGAUGCAGCUCUUGGCAUGUUUGUCCAAAUGUGGCAGAUUUGCUUGUGUGUUACACUUUGUUACAAAUGCCUUGAGUGCACUGACCAAACAGAAAAGGGUGAUCAAUCCUAGUUCAUGCAUCUUAAGUAGUUUUAAGGUUGAUGCAUUUUUUUCAUUAACAUGACCUCUUUAGUCAUUCACUCAUGGUUUCAUCACACAUCAUUGAUGAUUUGCUGUUGUGGGGAGUUCAAUCAGACCUGGACAAAAUGCCUUUAGUUCAGUCAGUGCCUUCAUAUUUUUAAGAUGCAGUCUUUCAAUUUUCAACGUGUGUGUGUGUGUGUGUGUGUGUGUAUGUUUUAUUUCUAUUUAUUUAUAUAUAUUAUAAAGAUUAUAUAUAAAUAAUAAUAUUCCGGUUGAUUGGUUGAGAAGAGUUCUCACAGCAUGCUUUUUUCACAAAUACCAUCACUCACUGAGACGCCGUUGCUAAGCAACAACUUUGUCAACUGUAAGAGACGCUCAAGUCAUUUGAGUAUUUUUACUUCUUACUUUGCGCACAAACAGAAAAUUGAUACUUUUAAGAUCACAUUUGACCUACAGCCGAUUUGGUCAUACUCUGAAUAUGAGACUAAAUUCCGAAACGGUCAUUACCACUGAGCAAGCUUUUCAGUCAGCAUCUGUGACAGAAGAACACCUAAACAACCUGGAAUUAGACAGAAAUGAAUUGAAUACCAUUACAAUAACAAUACAAUACACCAUGGGCUGUAAAGUGUUUUAGAGACUGGCUGGAACAAAACAAAGGGCUGGAAAACAUACUGGUAGUGCAGUGAGUGAGCAGAGUUUGUUUUUCCGAAGUAGCAACAAGUUGCUUGUUAACAAAAACAAAAAAAAGUGUAAAUAUAAAAUAAAUAAAAGCUGUAAUGAGAGGACAUGGGUUACUGCUAUUUUAUCACGGGGAAGGGUGUUCUUUGGCACGACACAAAGCCAACAUAAAAUAAUACAAUUGUUUUAGAUAGUUAUUAUUAAUAAUAAUUGACAAUUACACAUAUUGUGGCUAAUGAAUCAUUGACCGCUGAAUGAGGAGAAGGACACUUGGUAUCCAGUUACUGCAGACAUUUUUGGCUCAGCCAAUCAGAUUUUAGGACCGGAACUAUUCGUUUUUGUGUGUGCGUGUGUGUGUCUGUCUCACAUAGAGAUUAGUGAUAUUUAUUAUUAUGACCAGCAUUUUGCUCGCUCCAUCAUGAAGUUUAUUAAGCUUCACCAGAGGGGUUCACUGACCGAUUUGAAGACUGCUGUUUUACCUGUUGACCCCAUGCAUUUUUUUUUAUUAUCCCAUGGGCUUGAGCCUGAGUAGAGGGAAAGACUGGUUGAUAAAAUCUAGGCUAAAUAAAGAAAGCUAAAAACUUCAGCCAUAGGCAAAUGAAGUACUUUGAUUGCUUUACUGCUUGUUUUUGUACUUUCUCAGGUAUAAUAUAAACUUAUUACUGUCCAGACCAAUUAUUAUUUAACUAAAAUAACUAAAGAUGGACCUGUUUUAGCUUUGGGGGUUAGACACCAAAUUAUUUAUUAGGCAAGUUGGCUAUAUUAAGAGGGUUGUUUUUUUUUUUUUUUU